UUACAAUAAAAUAUUGUAAAAUGAAUCCAACUACAUGAUGAAGUCUUCCUUCAUACACAGAAUCUCUCCAAUGAAUGUGAAAACCUGUAAAUGAUAAAAAAAGAUGAUAUCGAUUACAUUAUUCGCGAAAUGCAUGCACAUUAUGAAGUUUAUGGUAUACGUUCAUAAAAACGCAGAAAUGCGCUUGCGUUCAAUAUCAGAUAGAAAGUUUCUAGUCUGCCGAUCAGUCGACAGUAAGCACUUCAGCUGUCACUAUGCAUGAUCGAUCACACGACAAUAUUAACGGUCAGUUGAAAAAUAAUCAUUACAAAAGUGACAUACAUUACACAUUACAAAUGUGUCAAUGGUUAUUGAAACCGAUCGGAGUGUGGCCUCUCAUUUACAAUCGAACCAGCAAAUUCGAGCAACUGAUUUCUAUCAUUUUAAUGGGCACGUGUUUCUCUAGUCUGUUAUUCAUCAUCUUACCAUCCGGUCAUCAUAUCCUUUUCGUAGAAAAAAAUUUGCACAUGAAAGUGAAAGCAUUCGGCCCAGCUGGAUUUUGUUUAUCAUCCACAAUUAAAUAUUGCUACCUUGGCCUAAAAGGAUCCUCGUUUGAGAGAUGCAUCGAACAUAUGAGAAAGGACUGGAUGAUGGUGCAAGAUCCAAAUCAUCGAACGAUCAUGUUAAAAUAUGUAACGAUUAGCAGGAAACUUAUCACCAUGUGCGCCGUCUUUUUAUAUACAGGAGGAAUGUCAUAUCAUACGAUAAUGCAAUUUUUGUCGAAAGGAAGGAAUAAGGACAAUCAUACGAUCAGACCAUUACCUUACAUCGGCUACGACCCAUUUUUUGAUACACAGUCUAGCCCUACAUACGAAAUUGUGUAUUGUAUACAUUGUUUCACAGCGAUGAUCAUGUAUAGUGUUUCAACAGUUGCAUACAGUUUAGCAACAAUCUUUGUUACGCAUAUAUGUGGACAGAUUCAGAUACAAAUAGCAAGAUUACAAGAUUUGGUCGAGAACAAAGAGAAGAGGAAAUACGAAGAUUGUGAUCCUUUUGCUCUUAUUGUGCACGAUCAUGUGGAAGUAUUAAGAUUUUCGAACAAUAUAGAAGAAGCUUUACGAGAGAUAUGUUUUACAGAAAUUAUAGAGUGUACGAUAGAUAUGUGUAUGCUUGAAUAUUAUUGCAUAAUGGAAUGGUCAGCAGGCGAUACGAUUACGCUUUUAACUUUUUUUACUUUAUUGACCUCUUUCACAUUUAAUAUAUUUAUAUUCUGCUAUAUAGGUGAAAUUCUGACCGAGCAGUGUAGUCAAAUUGGUACAGUUUCCUAUGAAAUCGAUUGGUAUAAAUUAUCACCUAAGGAAGCUUAUAGUCUUAUUUUACUGAUCUCCGUAUCACAGCAUCCACCAAAAUUAACAGCAGGAAAAAUAAUCGAAUUAUCUUUGAACACAUUUAGUACUGUAGCAAAAACAUCGAUAGUUUAUUUGAAUUUGCUUCGAACGGUUACAAACUGAUAUUCUUUUUUAAGUAAAAUUGGAGCUGAAUUUGAACUCUUCUCUUUAAUUUAUUCCG